AUGAAAUUCUUCCUGUCCUUCGCUGCCGUGGUGGCCGUUGCUGUCGCCGGCCCUACUAAGGGCCUGGUGAGUCCCGGCGUUGCCGGACCUGCUCCCAUCAUCGACGACUUUGUACCUAUCGCUGUCGGACCUGCCAUCAUAGAUGAGUUCGAGCCCAUUUCCGUCGGACCUGCCAUCGUCAACGAAUUCGAACCUAUCUCCGUUGGGCCUGCCAUCGUCGACGAGUUCGUACCUAUCUCCGUUGGACCCGCUAUCGUAGACAACCCUCCUCUUGCCCCCGUUGCUGACAGCACUCCUCUCGUGCAAAUCAUUUUGAACAUCAACCAGGCUAGCUCUGCCCCUAUUGUCCCCGGACCCGGUGUCGAUGCCAUUAUCCCUGAGCCCGUGAUUGUCGUUGACGAAGCCGAAAUCGUUGCUGAGCCCGUGAUCGUUGUCGAUGGCCCCGUCCCCGAGCCUGUCCAGGUUGCUGACAUUACUCCCGUUGCUCCCAAGCCAGUGAUCGUCGCGACUCCCAUCAUUCCCGCACCCGCUGUCACUCUUCCUGAGACCCUUAACUGA